CUCUGGGAAAAGAUAAGGAUUACAUGGAUGAAUCUGAACAUGCCAACUAUGACCGAUCUCGUCUCCUUAAUGACUUUGUUGUCAAAGAUAAGCCUGAAUCCAAGACAAAGCUAUCUAAGAAUGACAUGAAUUACAUAGCAUCCAGUGGACUCUUAUUCAAAGAUGGCAAAAAGCGAAUUGAUUACAUUCUGGUUUAUCGAAAGACAAGCAUACAGUAUGACAAAAGAAACACAUUUGAAAAGAACCUGAGAGCAGAAGGCUUGAUGUUGGAGAAGGAGCCAGCAAUUGCAAACCCUGACAUCAUGUUUAUUAAAAUUCACAUUCCAUGGGAUACCCUGUGCAAGUAUGCAGAGAGGCUGAACAUCAGAGUGCCCUUCAGGAAAAAAUGUUACUACACAGACCAGAAAAACAAAUCAAUGAGCAGGGUACAAAACUAUUUCAAAAGAAUCAAAAAGUGGAUGUCCCAAAACCCAAUGGUUCUUGACAAGUCCGCAUUUCCAGAGCUGGAAGAGUCAGCCUGUUACACUGGCCCUUUCAGCAGAGCCAGGAUUCACCACUUUAUUAUAAACAAUAAGGACACCUUCUUCAGCAAUGCUACUCGAAGCAGGAUAGUUUACCACAUGCUGGAGCGCACGAAAUAUGAAAAUGGGAUAUCAAAAGUGGGUAUCCGUAAGCUUAUAAAUAAUGGUUCGUACAUAGCAGCAUUCCCCCCUCAUGAGGGGGCCUACAAGAGUAGCCUUCCCAUCAAAACCCAUGGACCUCAGAAUAACAGACAUCUGUUGUAUGAGCGCUGGGCACGCUGGGGAAUGUGGUACAAGCAUCAGCCUCUGGACUUAAUCAGGCUAUACUUUGGUGAGAAGAUUGGUCUAUACUUCGCCUGGCUGGGAUGGUAUACUGGAAUGUUGAUUCCUGCAGCAGUUGUUGGCCUGUGUGUUUUCUUCUACGGAUUAGUUACAAUGAAUGAAAGUCAAGUAAGCCAAGAAAUUUGUAAAGCCACUGAAGUCUUCAUGUGCCCUCUAUGUGACAAGAAUUGCUCACUGCAGAGACUCAACGACAGCUGCAUCUAUGCCAAGGUAACAUAUUUGUUUGAUAAUGGAGGGACAGUCUUCUUUGCUAUUUUCAUGGCAAUAUGGGCCACAGUCUUUCUCGAGUUUUGGAAAAGAAGAAGAAAUAUCCUGACUUACACUUGGGAUCUUAUUGAAUGGGAAGAAGAGGAGGAAACGCUUCGCCCCCAGUUUGAAGCAAAAUAUUACAGGAUGGAGGUGAUAAACCCCAUCACAGGAAAACCCGAGCCUCAACAGCCUCCGUCUGACAAAGUCAUGCGGCUUCUUGUGUCUGUCUCAGGAAUCUUCUUCAUGAUCUCCUUGGUCAUCACAGCAGUGUUUGCAGUUGUGGUGUACCGCCUGGUUGUCAUGGAACAGUUUGCAUCAUUCAAGUGGAACUUCAUCAAACAGCACUGGCAGUUUGCUACAUCUGCUGCUGCUGUCUGUAUCAAUUUUAUAAUCAUCAUGCUGCUGAAUCUUGCUUACGAAAAAAUUGCAUACCUCCUGACUAACUUAGAAUAUCCUCGAACAGAAUCAGAAUGGGAAAACAGCUUUGCCUUGAAGAUGUUCCUUUUCCAAUUUGUCAACCUGAACAGUUCUAUCUUCUACAUUGCAUUCUUUCUGGGAAGAUUCGUCGGCCAUCCAGGAAAAUACAAUAAACUUUUUGAGCGGUGGAGACUGGAGGAAUGUCAUCCCAGUGGCUGUCUGAUAGACCUCUGCCUCCAGAUGGGAGUCAUCAUGUUUUUAAAGCAAAUUUGGAACAACUUCAUGGAGCUGGGAUAUCCGUUAAUCCAAAACUGGUGGUCACGACAUAAGAUCAAGCGGGGAAUACAGGAUGCUUCCAUACCACAGUGGGAAAAUGACUGGAAUCUUCAGCCCAUGAACAUCCAUGGGUUGAUGGAUGAGUAUUUAGAAAUGGUUUUGCAAUUUGGUUUUACCACCAUCUUCGUUGCUGCCUUUCCCCUGGCCCCUCUUUUGGCUCUGUUAAACAAUAUCAUAGAAAUCAGAUUGGAUGCAUACAAAUUUGUGACCCAGUGGAGGAGGCCUCUGCCAGCCCGAGCAACUGACAUUGGUAUCUGGUUUGGAAUACUUGAGGGAAUUGGUAUACUGGCUGUGAUCACCAAUGCAUUUGUAAUUGCUAUUACAUCUGACUACAUUCCACGUUUUGUCUAUGAAUACAAAUAUGGACCUUGUGCAAAUCAUGUAAAGCAGAAUGAAAAUUGCCUGAAGGGAUAUGUCAACAAUAGCUUAUCCUUCUUCAACCUGAGCGAACUUGGUAUGGGAAAAUCUGGGUACUGCAGGUACCGAGAUUAUAGAGGUCCUCCUUGGAGUUCCAAACCCUAUGAGUUCACCUUACAGUACUGGCACAUCUUGGCUGCUCGACUGGCCUUCAUUAUUGUGUUUGAGCACCUUGUGUUUGGGAUUAAGUCGUUCAUUGCAUACCUGAUUCCAGACAUACCAAGGGGCCUCCGUGAACGCAUACGGCGGGAGAAAUACUUAGUCCAAGAAAUGAUGUACGAGGCUGAACUGGAACAUUUACAGCAACAGAGGAGAAAAAGUGGUCAGCCUAUUCACCAUGAAUGGCCUUAGGCAGUACUUGUUACCCAAAGGGGAGGUACCAUUAGUGUGCAGGAAUGAGACCUUUGAAAUAUAGAUGGGAUCCAAGAGGAAAGCAUACUUGGCAAAUCGUUCUUAUAAAAUGCUACUUGGAAAUACAUCACAGCAGUCUCUGGGAUUUGGAAUGUUCAGAUUUCUAAGAAAAAAAAAAAGACUUGUGAUCUCUAAAGGGAUGCAACUGAAUGGCAGGGAGCCAGGCUCUGGUUCUCAGAGCAAAGCCUCAGAGGAGAUUGGUGUUUUGAGGCCACCCUGUUCCAUCAGCUGCAGAGUAAAUAGGAAGGUGGUGGUGAAAUCUCCAGGGGACGGAUUUCCACGUAAAAUAUUCAUAAGCUAGAAGUACUAAUCAGAGUCUAGGACUUUCAUGUGAGUUCAGAUAUUCACAAGAAACGAGUUAAGUCUAUUGUUGGCUCUGAUUUCAGAACUCCAUGUCCCUUUAGCUUAUGGGCUAGUGGACUUGUCUUUGUCUUAUUGACCCAAUAGGUGUA